GCUUUACCGUGAUUGUACUCCCUCGGCCACCGUAGUGCAAACACGUGUGAAGCUGUUUGCUAUGUUCUGUUCCUCUGUCGUACGCUUGUAAAAUACUGCUUAAAUACACACUGUAACGGCGUCGUACAUUGCAUGCCUCCCGUGGUUGACGUGUUCCCGUGUCGUUUAGUGAAGAAGGAUAUGUUAUCAUGAGUGACAGCGACGAUGAUGUGCCUCAGCUCUCCGCGGCGACGCUCGCGGCUCUGCAGGAGUUCUACGCCGAGAGUGGAAGCACGGGACCGGAACAAAACUCCAUCAGGACCGACAAGUUCUGUGUUGGUGCUGUAGAGGAAGACUGGCGCAUGAGUCAGUUCUGGUACAGUGAAGACACGGCCACACGGUUAGCAGAGGAAGUCAUGCAGCAGGCUGGACAACAUGGCAGGAUAGCUUGUAUAAGUGCACCAAGUGUGUAUCAGAAGCUGAAACAGUUGGACAGCGUGUCUGCUGUUUUGCUGGAGUUUGACCGACGUUUCGCAGCAUAUGGAGAUGAGUUUGUGUUUUAUGAUUACAACAACCCUCUGUGCCUGCCUGAGGAUCUCCUUCCUCAGAGCUUUGACAUCGUCAUCGCAGAUCCUCCGUAUCUGUCUGAAGAGUGUCUCAGCAAGGUGGCGCUCACCAUUAAAUACCUCACUAAGGGAAAAAUCCUGCUCUGCACAGGAGCUAUUAUGGAGGAGCCUGCUGGGAAACUUAUGGAUCUGAAGAUAUGCAGUUUUUUACCAAAACACAAUCACAAUCUGGCCAAUGAGUUCCGCUGCUACGUUAACUAUGAAUCAAGCCUUCUCUCAUGAAAAAGGCUUUCAACCUGACAACAUUUGAACAUUGUUUUUUCUCCCAUGAAACAUCAGAUCAUGUGGAACAAUGAAUGCUCUCACUCCAAAUGUUGCACAGCAAGAUCCAGAUAUUACAGCGGAGCAUUUGGCCCUUCAUCUGAGCUCUGUGAUCAGUCUUUGAUUAUGCUUUGGCUGACUUGCAUUGUCAGUUGCACACUCAGCCUUCAGGCAUAGAAUUGAAGCAAACAAUUUAAGACAGUUUAACUUUGUUUCAAUGCAUAAAAUGGGCUAGAAGUGAAUUUUUGAAAUGCGUUUAUAUAUAAUAUACAAUGCACUAGACUUUUGCGUUGUCAGUGUUGUCGUUGGUGGUUUGAAUAAAGUAAUCAUAGGAAACUGACAAAGUCGAGCUACAUAA